ACAACCACAGAGGGCAGGAGUGUCAAGGCAGGGAACAGCCUCUGUUUCUGAUCAAGUGCCUUCCUCUUCCAGCCUCUUCCCAACAUCAGAGAGCUCCUACUUGAAGGUUUUCAACCUCAAAUUCACCAUCCUCAACCUGUUCUACACAACAGACAUGGGUCAAAGGGGCUCCAGCAAAUUCAACUCCAUUGAGGAUGUCCUGCAACCUCUGAUCAACAACUUGUUUAGAAAAAGCAGCUUUGGCCCUCACUAUUUUGGAUGCAGGCUGACUUUGUUAAGGUCUAUGAAGAAUAGGAUAGCAACAGCAGUGGAUGUCGAAUGUGCUUAUCAGGAAGAUUCCUCCGCCCCUGUCCUGGACCGAGAGAAGAUUUACUGGGAGCUGAGUGAACAGACCCAUGGAAAAACAAGGCUGGGACCCUACAUUCUACAUAAGGAAAGCCUUUAUGUGGAUGGGUAUACCCAUCAGAUACCAACCACCACCACAAACACCUGGAGACCCAGUCUAGAGGCUUUCACCCUGAACUUCACCAUCACCAACCUGCUGUACACAGAAGACAUGGGGCAGAAGGAUUCCAUCAAAUUCAAGUCCACUGAAAAGAUUCUUCAGAAUAUGCUUGGCCCUUUGUUUGAGAACAGCAGCCUUGGUUCCAGUUAUUCCAGGUGCAAACUGACUUUCCUAAGACCUCUGAAGAAUCUGACAGUGACUGAAGUAGGUGUCAUCUGCCUCUAUCAGAGUGAUUCCACUGGUCCCUUCCUGGAUAGAGAGAGGGUUUACUGGGAAUUCAGCAAUCAGACUGGGGGCAUCACUAGACUGGGGCCCUAUACACUCGACAGGGACAGUCUCUACCUCAAUGGUUAUAACCAUCACUUACAAUCUUCCACCUCUACUCCUAUCCAGACCACAAUCCCUUCAAGAAUUUCCUCAGCUCCUUCACUACUGACCAAUUCCUCAGCAUCUGGCAGGUUUAGCCUGGAGUCUUUUACCCUGAACUUCACAAUCACCAACUUGCUCUGCACAGCAGACAUGGGACAGCCAGGUUCCCAAAAGUUCAACGCCACUGAAAGAGUCCUAGAGCACCUGCUCAGCCCCUUGCUUGAAAACAGUAGCCUUGGCUCUGACUAUUCUGGAUGCAGGCUGACCAUGCUGAGGCCCGUACAGAAUGGGACAGCAACCGAAUUCCUGUGUGGCCACUGGAAAACUCCCGCCACCCCUAGCCUGGACAGGAAGAAAAUUUACUGGGAGCUGAGCAAUCAGACCCAAGGUAUCACCAGGCUGGGUGCCUAUACCCUGGACAAUAAGAGCCUCUAUCUCGAUGGAUACAGCUAUCAGAUGAAUCUUUCCUCCUCCACAAGUGCUGGAGGUCCCAACUUUGAGCCUUUCACACUGAAGUUCACCAUCACCAACAUGAGGUACACAGCAGACAUGGGGGAAAGGGGCUCCAGCAUAUUCAUCUCCACUGAGAGAGUGCUGCAGCGCCUGCUCAGUUCCUUGUUUGAAAAGAGCAGCCUUGGCUCUCAGGAUUUUGCAAGCAAAUUGACCUUACUGAGGCCUAUGAAGGAGGGAAGAGCAACCCUAGUUCAUUUCACUUGCAUCCAUCGGAGAGAUCCUUCCAGCCCUGUCCUAGAUAGAGAAAAAAUUUACUGCGAGUUGAGCUAUCUGACCUGGAGCAUCACCAGGCUGGGCCCCUACACAUUAGAGAAGGAUAGCCUCUACCUCAAUGAUUACAAUCAUUUGGCCAUGGCCCCCACCAAAAUGCGUGAGUGUCUCUAUUGGAAAGGGAAUAGUUACUUCAUUUUACCUUUCACCUUCAAGACUGAUUGGAUUUCCUGGUGAUAAUGACAAUAAUACCAUUCAUAUAUUAUUUAAUAUGUUAUUUCAUUUGAUUCUCAAUAAAACCCUGGGAGGUGGGUGUUAUUGAUUUCUGAAUUUUCCAUAUGAGGAAACUGAGACCGAGAGACAUUAAUUUCAGCUAGCAAGUACAGGAGGCAAAGUUCAUACUCAGGUCUUCCAAACUCCCAAAUCCAGCACCCAAUUUACUCUGCUGUCCUUAAUUUCAAGCCUCUCAUUCUCUUUGAGCCCCAGUUUUCCUCAUCUGGAGAAGGAAGGAAUUGUAUUAAACAGCCACUGAGGUCUAUCUCAGCUCUAUAUUUAUGACCCUAACCUUCCUAUUAAGCCAGGAGAAUAAGGAGAGCAUGUAGUUUCCUAAAGAUCGGAGCAGAAAGAGUGGAUUGUUUCAUACACUUAGUGUCUCUUUGUCUCAUUCUCUUUUUCCCAUGCUGAAAGCUUCCUAUUCUCUCAUAGCAUUUCAGAGAGGUCUCUCCUCCACAGAACAGAUCUGUCUCCCAAGUGACCAGGUCCAACAAAUGGGAUUCUGCUUCAUUGGGUCAUUCACCCCGAACUUUAUUUUUCUCUUUUGCCAUGUUGGGCUCACUCUCCCAUGUUGUCCACUUUUUGGAUUCCGGGUUAUAAUGAAUGAAGUCCAGUCCUACGCAGUGUUAAUAAGUAUGUUCAUACUCAUUUGAAUCCUGGGUUCAUUCCCCUAUUUGACAACUGGAGUUAGGCCCCAAUGUGACUGUGUGAGCUAGUCAAAGACCUUAUUAUCCAAGCCCCUGAUCCUGAAUGACAUCCUUCAGAAGUGAUGAGGAAGGAAUCCAAGAAGUGGCCUUCGCAGCUUUGGGGAAGCAGUGAGAAAGCCUUCGGACACAGCAGGAAGCCUUUUAAUGGAUGUUAAAUGACCACUUUUCUAGGAUGUUCUUCAGCCACAUGUGUUUUGAGCAGCCUUACAGCUUUGAAAUUGUACAUUUUGGUGAUUCUGUGAAGAAAAGACUCCAGUUAAGGAAAGGGGACUCUAGAUCUUUCUAGACCCUCUUGCCUCAGAGCCAUGGCCUUUUGCUCUAAUAUUUCCUCUUCUUUUACUAUAAAUUGGAUGGAGAUGACAAGAUAAACUGUCUUCAAAGUCAGUAAAUUACUCAACAAACAUGUGUUAAGCUCCAACUAUGUAUCAGCUACUCUGUCAGGUGAUGGGGGUGUAGAGUCAAAAUGAAAGGAAGCAAUCCUUUCUCUAAAAGCAUUCACAUUUUAUUGUGAGGGAUGACAUCUAUAUGAGCAUUGAUGGGUGUGUAUGAUACACACACUUAUGUAGUCCAAAUUCAAAAGUCAAUUCAAGUUUGAUGGAAGAGUGUUAGCAGUUGGUAAUAAUCAGAAAGGAAUCCCUUGCAAGGUGGUCUUGAAGGAAGAAAGAGUGAUUCUAUUGAAGAGGUGAGGAGCAGUGCAUUCUAGGCAUGAGUUGGGGUCAAUGAAAAAGAAUGGAGAUGAGAAAUAUAGUACCCUAUGUGAGGAACAGAGAGAGUCUUGUUUGGCCAGACCAUAGGGUGUGGGAAGGAGAAUAGGGCAUCACAAGGCAAAAGGUGGUAGUUUAGGGCCAAGUUGCUAAGGGUGCAAAAAUGAUUCUGGAGUCAGCAAAUCUGUGAUCAAAUCCUGCCUCUGACAUUUAUGACCACUGUGGCCUUAGGCAAGUCAUGGGAACUCUCUAGGUCUUCAUUUCCUCUUCUAUAACAUGAGGGUGUUGGACUUGAUAGACUUUGAGAGCCCAUCUUGCUCCAGAAUGUCUUCUAUUUGAUUCUAGAGGUGAUAGAGAACCACUGGAGCUAACUGAAUAAGUGCAUGACAUGGCUAGAUCUUUACUUAAGGGAGCAUGAUAGAGAUCAAGGAUACUGGCAAGUCACAAGCUCACCUCAGCGCUAUGGAACAGAGGAGGAGGAGGAGGAUAAAGAUGAGGAUUCACAGGUUGGAAGUAUUUCUGUCAGUCAUAGACUGACUGGAUCUCUGGGUUAUAUCCUGGAAAUUGUGCCAUGCUUUACUCUGGGAUUAGAGCUCAAGAGACAUAGAGCAAGGGGGAAAUUGGAAGACUGGGCAAGGCUGCUUUAUGGGAUGCAUCAGCAGGUCUAGGAUGUGAGGUUUUCAUUCUAGGGCUGGGGUAGGUGGAGAGGGAAUGGAAUGCUGAAAGAACAAUCAAACACAGGGUGUUAGUGGGUGUGCUGACUGGAUAUCCAGGAUUGAAGUAUUGGUAUUCCUCUCCCUUUUUGGCCACAGCUGCCAGCUUAAGCUUCCAGUCUUUCACCACCAUUCCCGAGGUGCUGUACACAGAAGAUAUACAUCUUUCUGGAUCUGACAAGUUCAACUUCACCAAAAGAACCCUGCAGCAACCUUUGAAGAAUGGCUCAGAAACUGGAGUGAGUUGCCUGUACACACACAAGAGAAAUGUUAGAAGCUCAUUCAGAGACCAAGAGAAGGUUUACUGGGAUGCAAAAAGAGCAUUUCACUAAGCUGGGCUUUUCCUCCUCCCUUGAAAGAGACAGUCUACUCAAUGAUGAGGAGCACAACAGAAUCCCAAGCUCUUUCCUCUAUCCUCAUGCUACUUUCCCCUCCUCCUGCUAAAUUUCCAUUCUGAUUCUGACCUUAAUGUUCUCUCAAAGAAUCAUUAUUUCUCAAUACCCUUUUAUUACACCAAACACAGAAAAUAAACCAUGCCCCUAUCUA